GGACGAAACUGAACGAAUCGGGGGGCGUCAAAAGUGUGAAACGUCAGAGCGCAUCGCAAGAAAAUUCCAUUGGUGGUAUUUUGCGGAAAAACUCACGCUAAUAUCAGCAGCAAGUGGUUCAUCUUCGGCCGUGCGGUGUGCUGCGCCAGGAUUCCUUAGUGACCUGUGGAGAGAGUGCUUGGGAAGCAAGUUGGGGUACUUGUGGUCGGACGGCGUUGAAAGUUGCGGAGAAACAAUGAUGGUGGAGGACGGGACCUCAGAGGCGACGAGAAGAUUGAAUGUGAAGAAGCAGACCCUGGACGAUGCGUACGCCGUGCCAGCCAAUUUCCUCGAGAUAGACGUCGUCAAUCCCAUGACGUCCAUGACGGCGGGCAAGAAGAGAUACACAGACUACGAGGUUCGCAUGAGGACAAAUUUACCUGUUUUCAAAGUGAAGGAGUCCAGCGUGAGACGACGAUACAGUGAUUUUGAAUGGCUCAGAAACGAACUGGAGAGAGAUAGCAAGAUUGUUGUACCGCCGUUGCCUGGCAAAGCGUGGAAACGCCAAAUGCCUUUUCGGGGAGACGAUGGCCUUUUCGACGAGAACUUCAUUGAGGAGCGACGAAAAGGACUGGAGAUCUUUAUAAAUAAAAUUGCUGGUCAUCCAUUGGCACAGAAUGAGAGGUGUCUCCACAUGUUCCUCCAGGAGCCAACCAUUGACAAAAACUACGUCCCAGGAAAGAUUAGGAAUACAUAAAAUAAAUACACACACACACACUGGACAGCAUGUAAAAGGAGGAAGAGAGAGAGAUAGAAAUACUUCACAAGGAUACGUCUAAAAUAUUGUUUUUGUACGUUGUGAAAAAAAAUGAAACGGCGGAAGUAAAUCUUAAAUUUCAGAUGGGAUUGUAUAAUUUUUUUCUUUUUUACAGAACAGAGGAAAAAAAGGGGAAGAUUAUAUGGAAUCCCUUUGUUUUUUAAGAUAAGAUCUUUUUCUUUACUUCUUACUUUUUUUUUCUUUUGUCAAACGUGUUUUUACAUGCAAUAUAAUGAUAAUUAGGAGAAAUAGGAUUAUGAUGUAAAGGAGAUACAGCGCGACACAGAUAGAUAGAUGAGUGGGAGAGGAAACUUCGUGAAAAAGAUUCUAUUUUUGGAUAAAUGGAAAAAAUGAAAAAGAGAAAUUUGUCACUAAACGCAAAAAGUCUUAUCUGCAAUCUCCUACAUUUACAUAAAUAUAAAAUAUCAAUGGAAUGAGAGAGAGAGAGAGAGAGAAAGAACAGAAAUAUGUUAUGAUUAUGGGAGUAAAAGAAAUAAUUUUAAAGCACCUUUUUUGGGAUAAUAAUUCAUAAGAAAGUUAUACAAUUAAUUUCUCAAUAGACAGUAAAGGCGAAGAGUAAAGGUUUUCUUUUUUUUUCUUCUUUUAGACAAUAUUGUAUUAUA